AUGGCGACGAGAUCGAGCGACGGCGACGAAUGCGACGAGAUCAAGCUACUGCGACGAGAUCGAGCGACGGCGACGCGAUCGAGCGACGGCGACGGGAGACGACGAGAUCGUGCGAAGGCGGCGAGAUCGAGUUUCACGAGACUACUCUCAGAAGAAGCGAGUGAUGCUACUGACGAAAUGAUGGAGCAAGAGAUGACUUUAGCUAAAUUAAUGCUAGGGCUUGUUGGAACUAUUAAGUGCGGUAAUUCUGGGGACAUCUUAAGGAGUGGAGAUAGAUGGGUUACAGUUAAGGGCGGCACACUUGUGUCUUCCAGAGAAACUUUCGAAGCUGGGUUCUUUAGAUUUGCAGGAAGGGAGAGCUGGUUUUUAGGAAUUUGGUACAAAAAUGUACCCGAAAGAACUUAUGUUUGGGUAGGUAAUAGAAAAGACCCUUUACACAGCUCUAACGGGACCUUAGAGAUAUAUGAUGAUCAUGAGUUGGUUAUCAGGGACAAGUCUAACUUAGCUGUGAGGUUCUCGACUAGAAAUGAAAGAAGAGAGAAUUCUUCUUCAACAACAACAGUUGCGCAACUCCUUGAAAACGGUAAUCUUGUUCUCAAAGAUCCAAACAACGACAAUCCUGAAGAUUUCUUUUGGCAGAGUUUCCAUGAACCCACUGAUACCAUACUUCCAGAGAUGAAAGUACUAUGGAAUUACCAAAAAAAGUAUCUGACUUCGUGGAGAGCACUUGAUGAUCCACAACCAGGAAAUUACGUCUUCAAAUCCGGAAGUGCUGAAUAUCCGGUUCUUGCCACUUGGCAUAAAGACGUCGUGCCUAUUUAUAGAAGCGGUCCUUGGAACGGAAACAAGUUCAUCGGAGCUCCACCCUUGUUUAGAUUAGCAUGGAUUGACGAGCAGAUCUUGUAUUUGUCAAUUACUACGACAGAAAACAAAUCAUAUACAAGAGUACAGCUCGACCACGAGGGAUCAGUGAGACACUACUCCUCGAAUCAAAGAAGCAGAAAGUGGGACCAGCAAUGGAGCUCAUCCCUUGAACAGUGCGAUCUGUAUUACUCAUGUACUCCGAACGCUUAUUGUAGCGUUGUUUCAUCAUCUAAAGUGUGCGAGUGUAUCCCAGGUUUUGGCUUGAACGUGACAACAAAAGAGUGUGUGCGGAAAAAGAAUGGUAUCUGCAACGGAGACAACCAUUUCUCACUUAUUUCGAAAAUGAAUCUUCCCGACACCUACAAGGUCAAACCUUAUCUGUCCAUCACCAAGCCAAAACAAUGCCGUAAGAUUUGCCGUUGGGAUUGCAGUUGUACAGCGUAUACUAUAAGCAUAAGCCUAGAAACUGGCAACCGAAGCUGUAUAACAUGGAGCGGACACUUGGUUGAUCUCCGCAGUUAUUCUGACGAGGGUGUAGACCUUUAUGUGCGAACGGCUGGUCGUGGUAGUUCCAAUAAUUAA